AUGUGGAAGAAAACUUUAAUUAUUUUUCUGUUGCAUUCUGCAUGUGGUAAACUUUCCGACUUUGAAUUGCCACUGGACAAUGGAAGAAAAUCUCAUACUAUUACUCAAAUCAUUCUUGAUCACUUUAUAAAUAUUUCGGAAACUAUAAACGUCGUUUACACAUUUUCUGAUGCAAAUAUUUCAACAUUUGAAGGAAUUGACACGAUCAUGAUGGAACUUGAGCAAAGUGCAACCCUUACAUUGGAACAUUAUACAAAGAUUCAUCCCAACAUGACUAAACAGUCUCAUAAUGUGGUUUUGUGUGAAUCAAUAGAAUCAUUCAACAGUUUUCUAAGCACAAUCAAUCCAAACUAUUUCAAUUUUCAAGGAUAUUACUUAAUCAUCAUGCCUAGCAGACUUUGCGAAUAUAUGUCGGACAUGUUUGCAACUUUAUGGUCUCUGCAUAUUGUGAAUGUCAAUCUUCUUCCCCUUACAUCUAAUGACGACGAUUUCAUUUACACUUAUUAUCCCUUUACGUCAUUAGAUUGCGGAUCAACAUUACCAGUUCAAUUAGAUAAUUAUCGUGACGGUAAAUGGAUGGAGAAAAAUGAGUUGUUUCCCAACAAAAUGAAGGAUUUGUUCAACUGCACUUUGAGUGUUGUAACAUUUGAUAUUCCGCCUUUCAUUAAAAUUGACAAGGAGGAAAACGAUUCUCCUAAUGGAAUUGAAGUAAUUUUAAUGAGUGUUCUUGCAUUAAAAAUGAACUUCAAUAUCAAAUGGAUUUAUUCCGAAGAAUUGUGGGGAGAAAUUUACGGAAACGGAGACUGGGGUACUUCAUUACAAGUGAAGGUCGAGACAAAAACAUGA